AUAAAAUAUCAUUGACUUUGCAGCGCAGCCACACUUGUUAUCUUGGUAUCCGCUACAGUGUAGUGUCUUCUGACCCAAUCCCAGACGUCAUCCCCAAGCGAGAAACCAUCUCAGCCUAGGAGUAGUCGUACCCGCCACUCCCAAUACUUAAUCACCGCCAACCUUGUACUCAGCUUCACCACAACAACAUCAAAUAAUAUAGAACAAAAUCAAUCAUGAAGUUUUCCGUCAGUCUUGUUACUCUGCUCUUCAGCAGCACGUUCGUCGCUGCAAGCCCUUUUUUCAGUAACGGUCAAACCGUCCUUGACGAUAAGGCAGCUGUUCCUGGAAACAACCCUCUCACCUACUGCAAUCCCGAUCAUUCUUCUGAUAUCCUAUCGCUCGACCAUGUCAAUUUGAAUCCCAAUCCUCCAACUGCUGGGAAUAAACUCACCAUCGAAGCGGUCGGCACCUUGUCGCAGACGUUGGAGAAGGGUGCAUACGUUCGCUUGCAGGUCAAAUAUGGCUUGAUUCGACUUAUCAGUAUGACAGAGGAUCUGUGCGAUCAAGUAUCUAACGUCGAUUUGACUUGCCCGAUUGAUGCUGGAAAGAUUACAAUCGUAAAGGAUGUUGAUUUGCCAAACCAGAUCCCUCCCGGAACUUACACCGUCUUCGCCGAUGCAUUUACUGCGGACGAUGAACCUAUUAUUUGUUUACAAGCAACGGUUACGUUUUCACGUUAGACUGCCCCGAUACUAGAUAAUAGCUACAUAAUACCCUCAAAUUGUACUUAGGAUUUCGUGAAGAGCAGAGAUUUGCAUGUGGACUGUUUUAGGUCGAUGAAUAAUGGUGGAUGAAGGAGUUUACUUUCUGGGAUCCCUCGCCCUGUAUCUUGACAGAUACUUCUGAUCACGGGGUCUUGCUUUUGCUUCUGGGUGCGCUGUUCUCAUGAGAACUGAAUAUACGAGAAUUAACGAAUUGGAUUAAUACGGAAGCCU